AUGUCGUCACCCAUGGCGGACGCUCCCGCGUCCUCUCCGCCACUGGGCGGGGAUGCGCCGCAGGAGCAAUUCCAUCAACCAGUUCAUGUCGACGUGGAGGAGAUUGUCGUUGACGACGACCAAAAUGCCGAUGCCGAUUCUACCUAUGGGUCGCUAGCGAGCUCGUCGACGUCUCUCGCCUCGAGCAUCCGGAGGUUCCGACUAGAAAAUGGGCGGUCGUAUCAUGCUUGGAAACCAGAGAGGGGGUAUAUCUUGCCGAGUGACGAACAAGAAAGUGACAGGCUAGAUAUGCAACAUCAUGUGUUCUACCUGACAUUUGAUGGUGAGCUGUACGUGAGCCCAGCAGGACGGUCAGGCCCGCCAUUACGACGGGUGCUGGACGCUGGGACAGGGACGGGGAUUUGGGCGAUGGACUUUGCCGAUACGCACCCAGGGUCACACGUUAUCGGCUUAGACCUAAGUCCUAUCCAGCCCAACUUCGUCCCACCAAAUCUCGCGUUCUACGUCGACGAUCUCGAAGAGGACUGGGACUUCUCAGAACCCUUCGACUUCAUCUACGGCCGCAUGCUGGCCGGCGCUUUCACCGACUGGCCCCGCUUCGUCCAGCGCUCAUAUGAGAACCUCUCUCCUGGCGGAUGGCUCGAACUCGCCGAUAUCACCUUCCCUGCCUGCUCCGACGACGGCACCUUACCUCCAAACUCGGCACUAGCGCAGUGGUGCGAAAUGGUCAUCAGCGCCGGGCACCAGAUCAGCCACACCGUCGACUGCGCUAAGCGCUACAAGCAGCAGAUGUUGGAUGCCGGAUUUAUCAAUGUCCAGGAGCGGCUGUACAAGUGGCCCAUCAAUGCAUGGCCGAAGGAUGCCAAGUACAAGGAGAUUGGCAUGUGGUCGGAACACAACUUCUGCGGCGGCAUGUACGGCCUCACCGUAGCGCUGUUCACCCGCGCCCUCGGCUGGACAGCAGAGCAGGUCGAGGUGUUCUUGGUCGAAGUGAGGAAGGAUUUGAGGAAUAGGCAGAUGCAUGCCUGGUGGCCGAUCUGGGUGGUGUACGGCCAAAAGCCGGAGUAA